GGAAGAAAAUGAUCUGGCAGGAAUAAAAGCAAGUAAAAAGAAAGAUGUGAAUAAAGACCUAAAUAAAGAUCCAAAUAAAGGAGAUCUUGAAAAAAAAAUGAGCGUAAAAAGGGCUUCUAUAUCAAGAUUUAAAGGACAAAUAGCUGACCUAAAAAAAUAUCUAUGUACCAAACCCAGUCAGGAAAGUGAGUUCAUUGUGUUUCGAAACAUAAACAGCACAAAGUCUAAUCUAGGUGCACACAAUGAGCUAUUUGAUGUUUUAACCUCUAUAUAUAAGCGCAGAAGCCCCCUAGUAGUGAAAAAGCAGUGA